AUGGGUAUGUAUGUGGGGAGGCCUGUCAUGCAAAGCAAACGCCGGGUUGAUGAGUUUUCGUCCGUACUCGCCACAAAACGCCAUCAGACAUUCGGAAAUGGCUGUGAAAUGCCCGAAACACAGGGAAAAGAAGAACACCGUACGCUUUUGCUGCGGAAUCUGACACCUGCCGUUACGGAGGCAGACGUCAGAUCUGUUAUGCAACCGUUUUCAGAAGAUUUGACACUCAAAAUUCUAAUGUUCCCUCAUCAGGGAAAUGCCUUUGUAGAGUUUCCCACUUCAGGCGACGCCCAAGCUGCGCUGAAUUUCAUGCAACAACACCCAGUCCUAGUCAAGGGAAUACCCAUCAAUGUCAUCCUCUCCAAACGUCCCACACUCUCCAAUAAAAACCAUUCUCAUAAAAUACACAACGAAAAUGGUUUGGGUAGAAACAAUGAACUGAACAAGGCCACUGGUCCCACUAAGAUCCUCCUAGUGUCAAUAACAAAUCUGGUAUACCCAGUUGAUAUUGAGUUGAUACACUUUUUGUUCAGCAAAUUUGGGACUGUGAAUAAAAUAGUGUGUUUUUCGAAAAACCCUGCCACGUUUCAGGCAUUUGUGCAAUUCGAGCAUCAUUCGCAGUCAAAGGAAGCCCUAGCGGCCUUGAAUAAUCGCAACAUAUACAGUGACUGCAAUACGAUCCACGUCUCCUACUCAAAUAUGGAGGACUUGAUAGUCAAGUCUAACAGUGCUAGGUCUUGGGACUAUACCAGUGCUCCGCUGCUAGACCGCCCUCCCGAUUACCUGAGGGGGAGGGGGCAAAGGGGGAAGGCAGAUAUUGAUAAGGGGAUAAUACCAGGGUUUCAGGAUCAAAGAUUUUCCAACGGCCUUCAAUUCCACUCACAAUUUUUUCCCCAACCUCUCUCCCAGCACUUGCCCCGAGAAUUGCGUGAGUCUAUGAUAGACGUAAACAAUCCUAGACAAACCCCGGUUAUUAUAUGUUACAACCUUCCUGGUUAUAUCGAUUCUAACAAGAUUUUCAAUCUUUUCAGCAUCUAUGGCUGCGUUUCUCGGAUAAAGAUAUUACGAGACAAGCCAGACGCGGCGCUUAUUCAGUACACCAGUCCUAUAUAUGCUUCCUUGGCCAAUGUAUUUUUACAGCGCCAACAAGUAUUCGGGAAGGAGUUACAAAUUUCCUUUUCGAAGAAUAUGGAAGUGAAGAUGCCACUGCCAGUACAAAUGCAAUCUGAAGAUGUGGAAGGAUCAAAAAAGACCGUCCAGUUCAACAUGCGUGACCAGAGAUAUGGCACUGAUGAGAUGCAAAGGUAUAUCAAGGGGGCUUGCAAACCAACAAAAACAGCCUUCAUUGCCAAUCUUUCCCUUGGUGUUACCGAGGAGGAGCUGCGAGAUAUAAUUAGUGCAUCUGGAAAUGUCGUUAAAGUCCGCAUAAAAUCCCAUAAGGAAUCCGCUAAAACGCAGCUGGCAUUGGUUGAAAUGGAGACUAUAGAUCAGACCAUUUUGUGUGUUAUGAACUUGCAUAAUACACUCGUAAGGGAUAGAUCUAUCAAAAUCGCCUUCUCAAAAUCUACCAUUGAUGAUUGA